GCUUUAUUUUUUUUCAUGGAUGUUUUUCUUCGAGUAUUUAUAGAAGGGGUACGACCGUAUUUUUCUGAUAUAGUUAACUCCUUAGAUGCUGCCAUUAUUGUGGUGACUCUACUGGUCAAUAUCGCUUAUAUUUUCUAUGACUUUAAGGUUCUUAAAGAUUUCCCUGAAUUGACAAUGAUUUUACGACCUCUACGACUUAUCAUUCUGAUAAGAGUUUUUCAUCUGGCUCAUCAAAAAAGACAUCUUGAAAUGCUGACCAGGAGGAUGGUUUCAGGAAACAAACGGCGAUACAAGAAGGACGGAUUUGACUUAGACCUCACUUACGUUACUGAGCGUAUUAUUGCCAUGUCAUUCCCAUCUUCUGGAAAGCAGUCUUUCUAUAGGAAUCCCAUUAAGGAAGUUGUACGGUUCCUGGAUACCAAGCAUCAAAACCACUACCGAGUCUACAAUCUCUGCAGUGAAAGAGCUUAUGAUGCUAAGUACUUCCAUGAUAGGGUCUGUCGAUACAUGAUUGACGAUCACAAUGUCCCCUCUUUGAGUGAGAUGGUGGCGUUCUCCAAGGAAGUAAAAGAGUGGAUGGCUCAAGACGAGGAAAACAUCGCAGUGAUUCACUGUAAGGGGGGCAAAGGAAGAACUGGAACCAUGAUCUGUGCCUACCUUCUUGCCAGUGAAAUAUUUGCAACUGCAGAGGACAGCCUUUAUUAUUUUGGAGAACGGCGAACAGAUAAAUCCACCAGCAGUAAAUUUCAGGGAAUAGAAACUCCUUCUCAGAACAGAUUUGUUGGAUAUUUUGCAAUGGUGAAAAAUACCUACAACUUGACUCUUCCUCCAAUGAAAAAACUCACGAUUAAAAAUAUCGUUAUUUAUUCAAUUCAUGGUGUUGGAAAAGGCAAUGGAAAUGAUCUAAAAGUACAAAUAAUAAUGCAACGAAAGCCUGUUUUUUUCUGUUCUGCUUCCAAAAACUGUGGGAUAGUUCAUGAUGCUGAAACAGACAGAGUAAUAAUUAAUCUAUCCAACUGUCCACCUCUGUAUGAUGAGGUAAAAGUGAAAUUUCUCUCUUCUUCGGACCUUCCUAAAUACUAUGAUGACUGUCCAUUUUUCUUUUGGUUCCAUACAUCUUUUAUACAAAAUAACAGGCUUUAUCUUUCAAGAAGUGAAUUGGAUAAUCCCCACAAACCAAAAGCAUGGAAAAUUUACCGUCCAGAGUUUGCAGUCGAGGUAUAUUUUGAUGACGUUAAGUUGUAGCUGGUAUCUGAUUAAGUGUAGCUCCCCUUCUAG